UUUUGCAUGUGGCAUCAAUGAUUUUAUUGCUUGAAAAUUGAAAAGUGACCAAAUGUCACGACAAAUCGGUUUAUGCUUUGUGUGCGUGUUGACUGAUGUCGACGCUCUUUCGAUAAGAUUAUCGCGAUUUGGCGGAUUUUGAUCAUAUUUCGAUUUAAGUGGCCAAUUUGUUAUCUACGAUCAUUGCUACCUUUUGUGUGUUCGUAUAUGUCUAUUCAAAAAAAAACUCUACAACUGACAAAAUCUACAAUUUUUUUAUCUUUCUUGAACCAAAUAAUAAUAUUUUCUCGAUAAUUUAAAUGAUUGAAGUUAUUUUUCCAAUAGCAAUGAUAUUGUAAAUUCUGAUGAUCUGAUAACAUGGUGCAUGUGUAUGUGCAAAUAAUAAUAUUUGAAAUAUUUCUGUGCAAAUGAAAUUAUAUUUGUUUUGUAUCGUUCGAUUAGUUUAGAUAUUGAAUAUUACAAAAAAAAUUACAUCAAUUAUUCUUAUUUUAAAGAAAUUUGAUUGUUUUGACUUUAGACAAACUCUCAAGUAAAUUAUUUUACUAAAUUUUGAUUUUGAUUUCAUGAUCUUAGAAUUUGAUGUUUUUAUUUAUAUAUUUGAAAUUAUAAUAUGAUGAAAGAUUUAUUCACGUGUGUAUUGUUUGGAAUGAUUUUAAGAACUAAGUUUCUACUUGGUGAGGAAAGUAUUUUUGUAAAAAAAUUCAAAGGAAAAAAUGAACUUGAUUAACAUCAUAUACUUAAUUUGGUGUGACAGUAAUUAAUUGAAUAUUCAAAAAGUUAAGCUCAACUCUGCCAGAAUUGUUUCAACUUUUUUUACACAUUUUCUACGUUUUAAUUUAUUUUGCAUUUGGCUGCGGGGUGUUUGCUUAGAUUCUUUAAAUUUACAUACGCUAAGUUGAUCCAAAUGAAACAAUAUGCACGCGUGAUUUCUUCAACUUGGUAACAGUUUUAAUUUUAAAGUGGACUAUAAAUAUUUUUAUUAUCUGGAUUAAUUUGACGUAAAUUUAAAGAAUCGGAAUGAACACCACAGCAAACAAAUUAUAUCUAACAAUGCAAAAUUGUGUUAGCAAUUUCUAUAGACAUUCAGAUAUGCCUCAAAGUGACACUAAUGAAUUUUUUUAUAUGUUACAGCCUUAAGUUUGAACUUUAAUGACAUUCAUAUGUGGAGAUUUUAAUGUAAAUUUUUUCGACGUACAAAAAUAUUCCAAAUUACAAACACUAACUGACACAUUGGUCCGCUUUAAUGACACAUGUCCAACAUAUCACGCAGACCAAUCGAUAUCUUUUUGGUUGAGAACCCAAAUAAUGCUAUUCAAUUUGGUCAUUUUCCAUCAAUGAGUUUUCCAUCAAAUAUUUCUAAUCAUGAGGCAAUUUAUGGAAUGUUUCGCAUUCCAGUGGUCAAGAAAAAACGUAAAAUUGAAAAGCGUAAUUUCAAUAAAUACAAUGAAGAAGAAGUAAAUUCAUUCGCUACUAACAUAGACUGGUCGGUCAUUGGACAAAAAUGAUGGUGUUGACAAUAAAGUCAACGUAUUUUGUAACUAUUUGCAUCAAUUUUCUAAAAAAACAUUCUCGGUAAAGACUAUUAUUUCUAAAAACGACUCUGUACUAUUGAUGAAUUAACAAAUUAUCCAAAUGUGUCUGACAUUUUUUACUCUAUUUGGUAGAUGUCACAAACAUUUCAAUUUUUUUUUUCUAACUUAGUACAUAAAUCACAAGUAUUCUGUCCCAAAUUCCAAACUGUAACAAAAUAUUGUUUAUGGUCGCGUAUACAAAAUUUUCUGGCAAAGAAUAGAAUGUUUGUAAAACAAUGCAAAAUAUCGGUUCAUUUGGUAUUCAUCAAACUGAGAUGUUGAUAAAUUUGGUGAAUCAAAACAUUUCUAUCUUCAAACGUUGGAAUAAUUGUUAUUUAUUAUUUUCUUCAUCAUCGAAUAUUUCUCUCUCUCUAAAUGUUUCUUCGUCAUUUGAAUGGCAAUUUGUAUUGAUACAGGUGUGAUUGUGUAAAUGAAACAUAUACAGCUGUUUCUCAUUCACGAUCCAUUAUUAUCAAAUUGCAACAGCCCACCAACAAAUAACCAUAAUAAUCAGUCAUAACAAACGACAGUCAGACUGACUUUGAUACAUGACCAUAAUCUACUAGAAAAAAUUAAUUCAAACCAUAAAGUAUCUUCACGAAGAGUGAAAUUUUUGGCAACAUUCUACGAUUGAAAUAUCUCAUAUUUAUGAAUGGUCCAAAAUAGCGUAAUUUUCAAUGCCAUACUUUUUGCCAUCGAGCGAUAGAUGUCUCUGUAUUCGUUUCAUAAUUUGCGUUUUAUUUACGAGCCAAUAUUUCUUGCUGUUUGUAAGGUGCAGCUGGUUUGUUUUUGUCGGUGUAUCAUCUCACCUCUUUUCAUCUCAACAAAAUAUUAAGGUGUUGCGAAAAGAGAGACAAUGACGACGAUGAUCAACCAAAACAAUAACCAGACAUCGUAAAAUACAUGCAUGAAUAAUCUCUCUUGGAUCGAAUUGUUUUGACUAGUGUCGCGUAUGCAGAGAAUGUGCAAAUAAAGACAAUAAACACGGCAGCCUUAUACGCCGUAUGAAUAACAAAACAACGUUUUGCAUUAAUAAAAAUACGCAGGAAUCGUGUACUAUGAGAUCAUUUAAAAAUUGCUUCCAACGGAACGACCAUACAAUAAUAAUGAAAUUACGCGAAACAUACGUGCAAUCAUCGCAAUACAAUUUUAAAACAUCAAAAGCCACUUGACCUAGAAGUGCAUGAUGUACUUUGUUCGAACGAGAAAAAAAAACAGUGACUAAAGAUUCGAAUAACUUUUUGUCUAACAGGCUACCAGGCGAUCAAGGUCAGUGGUAUAUAAAACAAAGUCAAUUUUUGCGACAAAAUCGUAAAAUUUCGGCCAGCUUAUUUCAUAUAUUGUCAUAUAAUUAGAACUAGGUUCGUUGACAAAUAUGAAAUGAUCUCAGCGGAGUCUAUUAAAAUAUCACUGCGAUACUUUUUUUUCUUAAUUAAUUUGAAAUUUCUCCGCUGUUUUUAUGAAUGACGAACGGGGAUGCGUUAAUAUUGGUUUGAUUAAAAUUCGUGGGAAUGAGCAUGAAUAUUGUGGUUCGAAAUUGGUUGUCGGUGUAAUGUGAUAACGGGGCAAAAAGAAAAAUUUAGCACGAGAAAGUGUUUGGUUGAUGUUAACCGUGUUCAACAGAUGAUAGAUCUCUUGGUGUGAGUGUGUGUUGAUCAAGAUUCGUUGCAUAACGUAAGAAAAAAAAAACGGUUUAGCUGUCACGAUCGAAUGAUACACGGGCUGGCACAACAAUAGCUACAGACACCAAUUUUAAUGUAUGGAUUUGUACACAAUUUGUUUACAGUUUCCGAAAAGGAAAAUGAACAUUUUCACAUCAACGACAUUAUGUAAAAUGACAAAAAAAUGUUUCAGUAACAUUUCUAAAUGAAGAUCUGAUAUACAGCGAAUGAAUUUGUCCUACGCCAUUCGAGUUUUGGCUGAUCAUUUAUAUGAAAGCCACUUCAGAAAUCGAACAACAUUUUCUUUUCCUCGAUUCACACAAUUUUCAUCCGAACAAGCGAGCGACCGAACGAACGAACGGAAUAAACAUUUGUAUUACGAAACCGCAAACAGUGCUGCUGCUGCAGCAGCAACACUCACACAAACCAACCAACUGUGACUCUUUCUCUCGCAGUUCGAUUUGUCAUUGUAUGUGUGCGUUCAUUGUUCAUUCAUUCGCACACAAGCGAAACCCAUUCGAUGUAUUUACUCAUAAUAUACGCAUGACGAAAUCGAAAAUUCUUCGCACACGAGCUCUCUCAGUUGGAUUUUGAAUAUUCGAAACAAGAAAGUUUAGUCUCUGUUAAGACGGUUGCCUGUUUAAGCGUGUUCUCAUUCCGAACGACAAAAAAAAAACACUUGAGCUGUUUCCAAGCUUUGCAUCGAAAAUAAUCGUUAAAUACUUCAAAUAACAACGGUUUUUUUUAAAACAGUAAUCAAACAAUUGUUCCAGUGAAACUCAUCGCCACAUUCUAAUUUUAAUUGAGUGAUCGAAUAAUUUUCUUAACAAUUUAUUGAACAUAUUUGAACAUAGUAAAAGCAAUAAAUAAACAAACGAAAAAAAUGGCACGUAGUGGAUUUUUGGCAAUUGCUGUUAUCGCCGUUAUUAUGGCUGUCUCAUUCCAAGAGGCAUCCGCCAUUAAAUGUUGGAGAUGUUCAUCGGACGCAUCAAAUGCAGCUUUCUGUAAUGAUCCAUUUGAUGCAAGUAUCAUUAGCGAUCAACAAAGACGUUGGAGCUACGUAGAAUGUACAUACCCACCCGGCCAAUUGAACCCAUACAGCCAAGGAGCAAACCAAAGAGCCGUUUGCAAAAAGGUCAAACAACUUGUGAACGACAAGUACGUCAUCUCGCGUUCGUGCUUCUGGGAGAAUACGAACUCACCAAAAGACGAAUGUCUGAACAGCAACACACCAUCAUACAUCAAAACAGAAUUCUGUGAAACCUGCACAACUGACGGAUGCAACGGAGCAGCCCAAUACGGUCCAGUUGCUCUGCUGGUCGCUAUUCCAGUGGCUGUUGCUAAGAUCUUAUUAUUGUAAGCUCAGUCUCUCUAAAUCUCUCACUAUCUUAAUUUUUCUUCCGUCGCAAAAAAAAAACAACAACAACAAAUCAAAACAUUUUUUUCGUUUUGUUAAGUUUCAUGUUUGAAUCUUUUUGUAUUGAAAAUCCGGAUGUUAUUUUUAUUUUCCAAAUUUACCUGCCCAAUGAAUUAGGUAUUUAAAAGAGAGAAAUAAAAAGAAGAUGAAUUGAAACGAACAACAAUUACAAUUUUAAUUUAUUACGAAAAUCAGCAGAAAAUUACCCUAAUUUCGCUAUAGUAAAAGAUCAUAAUCAAAUCUAUUUGAGAAAAAGAAAAAAACCAAGAAAAAAAAAUCCGAAUAAAAUUCACUCUAGCACUAUAAAACUAUAUAGCACAAUAUUAAAACGCAGUUUUGAAGUUAAUUUUUGGAUUGUCUACGUGUAAAGAGAAAAGGAACAAAAAAAAAUUCUACCAAUAAACAUUUAAUGAAAUAUUCUGUUUUCUUAGUAGCUUAAGUAAAUAUAAGAUCUGUUUUUUUUAGAAACACAAUUCUGAUGCGCGAAAAUUAAGUCAUUAAUUAAGAUUUCGAAAUUUCAACAUAGCAGCGCAAACAUUUCAAGCUUUCUGUAGUAGUCGUCUGUCAAAACAAUAAAAGUAAAUAACAAACAACAAAAUAGAACUUACUUAAAAUAGUUACAAAAUGUCAGUACUUAUGUGACAUUUCUGUCCCUUUAACUGGAAAUUUAGAUCAAUUUAUAUUUACACGAAAAGUGAGAAGAAAUACACAAUAACUGUCAACCCGCCAAUUCAAGUGUUUUCUUAAUCGAUGUUUCACACAUUCAAGUCACAUUUAAAGUGAAUCAAAUAACAAUUAUUGUCUCCGUAAAAUAGUGGAAAAACAGUCUUUGUCACGCCUUUCCAAUAUAAACAAGAAAAAAAAUUGUCUUUUUUUUUGCAAAUGUUACUAUUUGUAGAGGUUAUUUAUAAGUGGAUAGAUGCAUAAUCGCUUAAAUUAUUGUGCUACAUUUUUAUUCGUCAUUCUCUCACGUUUUUUGUUUUUUCAAAUCCAAAACUUGGCUUUUAACUAACUUGUACACCGUUUCGUCUGUUCUUUUGUCUUAAUUCUAUUCUUUUUUCGCAUUUUAAAUCGAACCAAAUUGAAGUGUCAACCACCUCAGUGUGUUUUCAGCCGAAGAAUGCCUUAUCAGAUACAAAAUUGCAAAUUGCGUUACACAAUAAUAACAACCAUGAACAGAAAGUACAUAAAAUUUUAUGCAAUUUCACAAGCGACAGCAUUUUUAUGAAACAAAUUUAGUGUUUUAGAGCAUUUUACCGUGUACGCUAUAACGAACCAUUCUAUUUCGGAUAUUCUUUUUUGGAAUCUCAGCAUCACAUAUUACGUGCUAUUUAUUAAAUUCAAAAACAAGUGAAGAAACAAAAAAAAAAAACCAUAGAACAAAAAGAAAAUUGAUUGUUACCACCCAUCCCUACUGUACAUAAAAACGUGUAUAUUGUAGAUCAUCUGAGCAAAAAUCAAUAAAAAAAAAUUCGUUCCGACAUAUUUUUCUAAAUGUGAAAACAAUGUUUCAUAGCUGUUUGUGCUGAUGUAUAUAAACAAUAGAAUAAAAAUAAAACAACAAAAACUCACAAAAAAAA